GGAUGACAGGAAGAGAUGUGUUUAUCCCUCUAAACUGACAGUUUACUCUCCUUUAUCCACCACAAUUCCAUGUAGUCCAUUGUUGAAGGUUGAUGUUUUAGACAGAGCUCCUUCUCUAGUCUUCUAGCCUGUGCAUCCUCUCCUCUCCCACAUCGGCUCUUUUUCAACUCUGUGCCCACUCUCCUCUUUCUCGACUCCUUUCCCUGCCUUCACACUCUUCUUCUCUCCCUCCUCCUCUCCAUCUCCUCAGCUGCCCGCUCCUUUUCUCUCUCUCUCCCUCUCUUAUCCCCUCCUCCCUUCCCACUCUCCUCCUGACUGCCUGCGUCAGCCAGCCCCUACCAGCUAGUGAACGCUGCUACUAGAACUGCUGUACCCUGCAGAGAGCCGUGUGUGUGUGUGUGUAUGUGUAAAAGUGUAUGAGUCUACGCAGAUGGGAAAGCAACUGAGUCAGGGAGGACUGCCUCUCAUCUCUCCGCUGUUAUCACCAUCCUUCACUCUCCCUCCUCUCCACCUCCGCUGCCAUGGAGCUCCAGCAGGCUGAAUCACAACAGCGUCUGCACAAAGGGCUGAGCAGGUAGAUGUGUAAGCGUGUGCACUGCUCCAUUGGGCCAGUAUGAAGUGUGUGAGAAGGUGGGCAUCGGGUUCUGCUGUCGUGUUCCUUCACACACUGGCCUUAUCCUGGACAGGUGCAAUUGAACCCGCCUCCAAAAUUGACGGGCGGCACCAAGCGGCUGUGACACUGCAGGAGAACAUAACACACUGGUUCAACUGCCAAUCGGACGGCUGGGAUCCCCGGGCCCCUCCUUUGCUAACAUGGUACCUGAACGGGGAGCAGCAGAGAGAGCCACUGCCCAACCAUAGGCGCCUGGUGAUGACGUUGCAUGAACAUUCUAAGGUCAUGAGACCUGGGACCCAUCACAACAGCACCUUCUCUCUGCGAGCCAGGAAGUGGGACAGGGAGCUGGUGUGUGUCGCAUCAAACCCCAGGACAGGAGAGAGCUACAAUGCCACGGUCACACUCAAUGUCCAGUUUCAGCCAGAGAUCCUCAGGCUGAACGGCCACUACAGUGAAACCUUAGACCCUGGCCUCUCCCUGGUCCUGUUCGCCUUGGUACGGUCCAACCCGCCUGCCACCAUCACCUUCGUGGACCAGUCCGGCCAGCUUGUGGCCAACACCUCCGACUUCUUCAUCCUGGACUCGCAAAGCUACCCCUGGCUGACCAAUCACACCCUGAAGGUCUCGCUCGGUAGCCUAGCAGGGAAUAUCUCGCUGAACGUCAGCAACAGUGUGGGAACGGCGCAGAGCAACCUCACACUGGCAGAGUUCCUGCAGUCUCGUGUGGAGGUGCCCAUGCUGGGAAUAGUGACUGGUGGCGCUAUGGCCUUCAUGGCCCUCCUCAUCCUCAGUCUGAUUGUUCUUUGCCUCAUGCAAAAAAACAAGAGCAAGUCCUUUGAUGAGCCAGUGGAGAUUCUGAUGACCAAGAAAAGUGACUCUGCUAAUCUCAAACCAGAGAAAGCUGAUAAGACGUACAUCCCCAGAGAGAACAUGUCUCUUCCUUCCAACAUGCAGCUCAACGACCUCAACACUUUGAGAAAAGCCCGAGAGGCCGCCCAGCAGAUCAGUGUGGGAGGGAAGAAGAAAGAGGAAGAGGAGGAGGAAGAUCUGUCUUUAGCCUACGCCGCCAGAGGUUUUGCCAGAUAUCCGAUGGUGGGCUACAUCUAUAAAGUGAGCAGCACAAGCAGUGAGGAGAUCUGGCUCUGACUUCACACACACACACACACACACACACACACACACACACACACACACACACACACACACACACACACACACACACACACACACACACACACACACA